AUGGCAGAAGCUGGCUCAGCAUCCUGUGCUCUUCCCUGCAGGGCAUCAAUCGGGGACAAACAGCAGGGCACACGCUGGACUAAUUUUGGCUACAACAGGAAAAUGGUUCCAGUUAAACUUCUCAUUCUGGGAGCUCAGAACACUGGGAAAACAGCGCUGUGUGUUCGUUUCAUAACCAAGCGAUUUAUUGGUGAAUACGACCAUAAAAAGGAGGUGACCUACAAAUGCAGCCGGGUGGUGGAUCAGGAAGCUGUCGAUCUGGAGAUUCUGGACUUAACUUGGAAGGAGAGCUCUGUAGCUUCUCUGGAGUCUUCCAUUCGCUGGGCUGAUGGUUUUCUGCUGCUGUACUCCAUCACACAGCGCUUCAGCUUCCUGGAGGUCCCACAACUCAAGACGCUCAUUGACCAAACCAAGCAGAAUCUGGUGGUUCCCGCGGUGCUGGUAGCCAAUAAGGCAGAUUUGGAAAUCGGCAGGCAGGUGACAACAGACGAAGGACAGAGACUAGCCAAGGAUUUAAGGUGUGGUUUCAGAGAGUUGUCUGUGGCUGAAGCAGUCCUAGCAGUGGAAGCAGCAGUGCUUCAGCUCAUCAGGUUGGUGUUGGAUCAGCAGCGCCCUCUGCCUGACCGUCGCUCCUACAUGUUGACUGUUCGUCACGCUCUGACCAGGAAACUGACCAGAUCUAAGACCAUGCAGUGGUGACAAAA